ACUAGGUAUGUACCUAGUGUUGGCAUGUACUUGAAGUAUAUCUUAGGUACACAGAUGUAAUGUUAUUCUUUUUCUCCUCUUAGCUUUGUAUCACCAUCCUAAAAUGCCCGGGUAUAACUUUGCGAUAAAAUAAAAUAAAAUAAAGCCGAAGAUGCUGCACAGUGUGUGAAGGAAGGAUACGCCCCCUCCGUCCUGCAGGUGCUUGACUUUGCAUACUCGGCCCGCCACCGGAUCCGGAGCUGACAUAAACUGACGACGACAAUUUAUGCUAGCAGUUCAGUUGUUUAUGAAAAAGAGAAGAACCUUGAAUCAUCACAUGCCCAACAGGUGACCAUCGAAUCAUCUUAUGAACUAGUCUCUGGUAACUCAUACGAAAAUGACUGUCACUUAUACUAACCUCUACCCUCGCGAUGCCGAGUUCAACGAAGACUACUACAUGAACACGCACAUGGCCCAGGCGACUAAGCUACUAGGGCCUCACGCGCUCGUGUCCUGGGAGCUGUUCCGCUUUACCGAGGGUGCCCCUUACGCCGUGGAGAUAGCAGUGACAUGGGCGAGUGUCGAGGCACGGUUGGCUGCGCUGGCUACGGAGGAGGGGAAAAGGAUGGCCGGAGAUGUUGUCAACUUUAGCAAGAAGAAGCCGAUAGUCAUGUUGCGUGAGCCUGGGGGCUCUGGGCCUGCGAAUAAUAGGGGUUAAGGUGUGUUAGGUAGUAGGGGACCUCGGAAAAGAUGAGUAGAGACAUUGAAGACGUGGACGAUGAGAGGGUAGGGGCACUGGGCUACUCAAGCACAAAAACACCCAAUCUGGGGGGAUAUGUUACGUUUAUGAAGUGGGUUCAACCCAGUUCAUACGCAAUAUAAAUAAAUCUAUUGAUGCUUUAUGUAGG